UGCCGCGAAGGCAACCACGUGGGCAAGCAUGGAGCUCGAGCAGCGGCGCUUCGACUCCGGCGAUCUGUCUUCUUUGCGCCGGAUCGUGUGCGAGCAAGGGCCGAUCUCCCGCCCCGACGGCUCCGUCUCUUGGAUGCAGGGGGAUACCUCCGUGUUAGUCGGCGUGUACGGACCCACAGAAGUGAAGGUCAGCAAGGAAAUCUACGAUAAAGCGACUCUGGAGGUGCUGCUAAGACCGAAAGUCGGCCUGCCAGGGGUCUACGAAAAAAGCAGAGAACAGAUGAUUAAGAAAACUUGUGAGGCAGUGAUUUUGGGCACCCUGCAUCCCCGUUCCUCUAUUACGGUUGUUCUCCAGGUGAUUACAGAUGCUGGAUCUCUGCUGUCCAGCUGUUUGAAUGCUGCCUGCGUGGGACUGAUGGAUGCGGGGCUGCCCAUGAGCGCCUUGUUCUGCGGCGUGACCUGCGCCUUGGAUGCCGAUGGAAACAUCCUCUUGGACCCCACCGCGAAGCAAGAAAAGGACGCCCCUGCAGUGUUGACCUUCGCCAUCGACAGUGUUGAGAAGAAAAUCCUGAUGUCCACCAUGAAGGGGACGUGUUCUGAAGAACAGCUUCAGCAAUGCAUCGCCACCGCGCAGCGAGCAGCUGAAACCAUCUUCCGCUUCUACCGAGAUGCUGCAUGCAGGAAGUACUCGAAGUGGUAACUGCUCCCCCCACCAUCACCAGUGCACUGGGACAUUCUUAAAGAAGAGGGGCUAACGCACCCAAAACCUUUCCAGCAGCAGACUCCACUUUCCAGAUGUGCGUGGACUGCUGUUAACUCAGGUUGGGGAAGCAGCUGGCAGCUGGGACGCCAACAAGCUAGGAAUGCUGGCCAACACAGACAAACCUCAGCAUCCAGGAUUUCCAAAACGCAUGUUAAACCUCCCCUUCCUGUCUCCAGAAAAUGUUUCCAGAUCCAGUUCGAUUCUUGCUCGAUUUUAUCUACAUUUUUUUUUCCACCCAACUGAUUCGGGCCAUCCUGUUCUCUUCUUCUCUAUUUCUCUUUUCUCCUUGUCUCCUGCCUGAAAUUAUCAGGCUGGGUUUUGGCAAAGCCAGCCACACAUCGUCAUCUUCCCUGCCAUGACCAAGAAGAAGCCAAGGAAAAAUUCAUCCUGGUUUGCUUAAAGGAAGAAUUUAUCCUGGUUUGCUUAAAGGAGACUUCAUCCUGGUUUGCUUAAAGGAAAAAUUUAUCAAGGUUUGCUUAAAGGAAGAAUUUAUCCUGGUUUGCUUAAAGGAAAAAUUUAUCAAGGUUUGCUUAAAGGAAGAAUUUAUCCUGGUUUGCUUAAAGGAAAAAUUUAUCAAGGUUUGCUUAAAGGAAGAAUUUAUCCUGGUUUGCUUAAAGGAAGAAUUUAUUCCUGGUUUGCUUAAAGGAAGACUUCAUCCUGGUUUGCUUAAAGGAAGAAUUUAUCAAAGUUUCCUUAAUUUAUCCUGGUUUGCUUAAAGGAAGAAUUCAUCCUCGUUUGCUUAAUGCUCGCCAUUUUUUUUUUUUUUAUCUCUUGCAUGUCAGUUAUUAGUCUAGCUCAUACAUCACCCGAAACUACCAAUUUUGAUUGGCCGGUUUGAUGGCAGGGAGUUGGACUAGAAGACCUCCAAAGGUCCCUUCCUUUAUUCUGUUAUUCUAUUCCGCUUGGUUGGAGAAGCAGCAUGCUGGGCCAAGGUUCAUCAGCCUUGGAUGGAUCACCUGGAAAGGGUCAGUUUCUGUGCAAAAAAGUCAUCUUGCUCGCACCCCUUUUCGAGACGUAAAUCUCCGAGCCAUUUUUUUUUUAAAAAAUAAUAAAUUUUGGGGCUAUUGAAAAUGGGAGAAACAGAUAACAGGACUUCAAGAAUGACCUGUUAAGUUUUGUUUCUCUCUUUCUCUUCACCCCCAAUUCCAAUUUUUUAAAAAAAGCUUUUCCUAAUCGGUAGAGGGAGCUGUAACACCAGCAGAAGAAUUUCAGGCCUCCCUCUAUUAAUGAAGGAAAAAAAAAACUGCCGUUGAUUGAGGACUCUGGACUUUUGCUGCCUCUGUAAAGAAAUGAAUGUCACAAAUAAAAUAGCAAAGAGGAAAUCUCA